AUGGUCAAGGGAAAAGUGACCAAACCGGUCAAGAAGGCUACUAAGUCCAAACAAUCGGCUGCCAUGAUUUCCAAAGUAAAGGACGACUUUGUCAUGACUCUAGAUUCCGACGGUGAAGAUCUGGAGGAGGAGAGUGCAGACGAGAAGGAAGAGGUGGAGGAGAAGCCUGUCAAGCUGACAAAGAAGCAGAAGAAGCAAAAACUCAGUGAAGCCGACGAGGAGCUACUGGAGCGAGAAAAGCAGGCUGCCAAGGCCGGCAUCAACCCCGACUUCCAGUUUUCGCUGGACGGAUUUGCUGCCACCUCUGAAGGUCUGGACGGCUGGAACUUUGAGGUGUCCAAGGACGACAACAAGGUCCAGAAGCGAGAAGUUGAUUUGGACAGCAUUAUCAAGAGAAAAGGAGGCCUUCUGGACGAGGACGAGGACGAGGACGAGGCCGAGACAGACGUUAAGAUGGAGGAGAACGAAGAUGAUCUGGCCAUUGAUGGUUUCGGAGGAGGAGUCCAGCCCGGAAAGGACAUGGAUGAGCCUGAGGACGAGGACGAGGAGAACAAAGAAGAGGUUGAGAAUGAAGAGGAGGAGGACUCUGAUGGAAGCGACUCCGAGGCUGAGGAGUGUAUGCACCCCGAUGAUUUGGUUUUGGAUGACCAUAAAGGCCCUGCCAUCGACGAGGGACCCCAGGACACUGCCGAGGAGAUGGCUGCAUUCUACGCUCCCGAGGAGGAGAACAACGAUAAGACUGAGUCUGUGCACAAAACCUUUCAGACUCUGAAUCUGUCUAGACCCGUCAUGAAGGGUAUUUCUGCUCUGGGAUACCAGGCCCCCACUCCGAUUCAGAGCAGAACCAUCCCCAUUGCUCUCAUGGGCAAGGAUCUGGUUGCUGGUGCCGUCACUGGUUCUGGUAAGACUGCUGCGUACAUCAUUCCUGUUUUGGAGCGUCUUCUCUACAAGUCCUCCAAGGUCGCAGCCACUAAGGUUGUGGUUCUGACUCCCACUCGAGAGCUGUCCAUUCAGGUCGCCGAUGUUGGUAAGAAGCUCGCACAGUAUGUUUCUGGCGUGCGAUUCGGUCUGGCUGUCGGUGGUCUGAACCUUCGAGUUCAGGAGCAGGAGCUCAAGACGCGACCCGAGGUUGUCAUUGCUACCCCCGGUCGAUUUAUUGAUCAUGUUCGAAACUCUCCCUCGUUCAACGUUGACGAUGUCGAGAUUCUGGUGAUUGAUGAGGCUGAUCGAAUGCUGGAGGAGGGUUUCCAACAGGAACUGACCGAGAUUCUGACACUGCUUCCCAAGAAGCGUCAGACUCUGCUUUUCUCUGCCACUAUGAAUUCGUCCAUUUCGUCGCUUAUUCAGCUGUCUCUUUCUCGGCCCGUUCGAGUCAUGAUCAACCCUCCCAAGCAGGCCGCUUCUGGUCUGGUGCAAGAGUUUGUUCGAAUCCGUAAGCGAGACCAUCUCAAGCCCGCUCUGCUGGCCUCCAUCCUCAAGAAGAUGGACAAGGAGCAGCGAACCAUUAUUUUCGUGGCCCGAAAAGAGACUGCGCAUCGUCUUCGAAUCAUGCUGGGUCUGCUCGGAGUCCGAAUUGGAGAACUGCACGGAGCUCUGUCUCAGGAGCAGCGUCUGCAGUCCAUCACAGCAUUCAAAAAACUGGAGGUGCCCAUUCUGGUCUGUACCGAUCUGGCUUCCCGAGGUCUGGAUAUCCCCAAGAUCGAGUGUGUCGUCAACUACGACAUGCCCCAGACCCAUGCUGUCUACCUGCAUCGAGUUGGACGAACUGCUCGAGCAGGACGAGAAGGUCGAUCCAUCACUCUGGUCGGGGAGGCUGCUGCUGACAGAGCCAUUGUCCGCGAGGCUAUCAAGUCUGUAUCUGAGAGUAAACAGGGCAAGGCCGUGGGCCGAAACGUGGACUGGCCUGAGGUCGAGAAGCUAUACUCCAAGAUCGAGGAGAAGGGUGACAUUGUCAACGAGAUUCUGGCUGAGGAGAAGGAGGAGAAGGCCAUGCUGCAGGCCGAGAUGGAGGUGCGAAAGGGAGAGAACCUUCUCAAGUACGAGAAGGAGAUUGCAUCCCGACCUCGGCGAACUUGGUUCCAGAAUGCCCAAGAGAAGAAGGCUGAUGAGACCUCGGACAAACGAAAUCUACUAGCCAGCAACAAGGACAAGAUGAAGAAGAAGAAAGACAACGAGGAGGUCCGAAUGUACAAGAAGACCAAGACCGAUCGAAAGGAGGCCUCUAAGCGAGGUAAGCCCAAGGGAAAGGGUAAGCGAAAGUGA